GAAAACGGGUGCACCGGCGGUUCGCUUCAAAAACAUUAUGGCGUCGAGAAGAACGUCAACAAUGCCAACUAACGCUAGUUUGAAAAGUGCCCCCACUGACACUAAAAGCACAAAAAGUGGGAGCAAUGCGAGUAAACUCAACACCACUGUAACUGGGAAGAAAAGUGUUAAACCAAGUGUAACUGUUGUCAAGUCUCGAUACAUGCAGUCUGCUGAGAAGGCAUCUCUAGCAAAGAGUAAUUCACUGACCAACGAGUCUAUUGCUGUUCCGCUGAGACCUUCUUCACCAAAACCCGGUGGUGUCAAACCGAGGGUGGGUACUCCACCAAGACGCUCCAUGGCCCCACAGGCCCCAGCAACAUCAAUGAAGUCACAAGAAACUGAGCUUUCGUUUCUUGGGAAAAGUAUUCUGCAAUCCACUUUCUCAGAUGGACCCGGCUUUCGACCGAAUUUUGAUAUUUCAGUCAUUAACGAAAAAACAAUUUUUGAAAAUGCAGUUGAGCCAGAGAGAAAUCCAGAGAUUAAUAAGCGGAUCAUUGAGAUGCAAACAUUCCUACUGGCCUACCUCACAGCUAAGAUGGAGAGCAAUACUGCAAAGGCUGAGGCUGAAGCAGAGGCCAGGAUCAUGGAGGAGAUGGAGGAAGAAGAGGCGCUGCAUAACGAGGUCCAGGAGAAGAAACGUCGGUACCUCCUCACGGAGAAGGACAGGCUAGCGAAUGAGCUGCUGGAUUUACAGAAUGCCGCACUGACUCCUGUUGUGGAAACUGCCAAGCAAUUCACAAGUGACUACAAGUCUUUCGCCACAGCUGUUGACGCCACGCGACAUGAGCUGCCCGUCAAGAAUUUCUACAUUGACGGGGACAGAAGGGAAUUCUUAGAUAAAGCUGAGGCUUGCCUGAAGGAGAGUGAGACGUUGCUGAUGGAGUGCACAGAUGGAGAUCAUAAGGGCAACAGCACUUCUCUGGAGUGCCUUCGGGACAUGAAAACCACAUCAAAGGCCAUCCGUCAGCAGCUGUCAGGUACAUUCUCUGACCUGAUGGAGUUGUCGUCGUUGGUCGGCCGCCAUACAGUCCAGGCCCAGCAGGCCACGGAGGAAGAACAGCUCGGCACCGCGAGGACCAGCCAGCUCUUCUGUCCCAAACCGUGACGGAUACCGCGCAGCAUGGGAACACAGUACCUGCACUUUGGAUGCCCACGUUUACAUAUAUUUGUACCUUUUAGUGUCUUGUUUUUAUGUAUGCUAUCCUGAUUUCUUUCUGCUUUGCAGCUGUAUUAUGAUGUAUUGUAAAUGAUAAAUAAUGACUGAUACUAUUUCACUUUUUAAUACUUUUAUUGAUGGAAAAUUGCUAAUAAAAGAAACAAGAGAAGCGACAACAGUUUACGUAAAUACAAAACCAAAAUUUGAAUGGGGAAACAAAUAGGCUCUGUGAGAAGGCGUGGACCAGUUUACAUCCAUGUUAGAUUUAUGGUUGCUAUACAACAGACGUCGAUCACAAAUUAAUUUACAGAUUUGAUGUAAGCAGUGUUGAGUUCAGUAGAUUCUAGUCCAAGGAGCUUUAUUCAUAAUCUUUAGUGGAUAGGUUUUGAUUUGUGAUUGGACAUUUGAAACACGCUGUUUAACUGUGAUUGAGAAACAUGAACCAACCUGAAGUCAAAACGCUCUUCAGCAGAGAGCCAAUCAAAGGUAACGAGGCCCGUGAUUGGCCAAUAAAGGUAUAGUAUGACUGGAUAGGUGUAACUGGAUCUAAUUGCAGCUGAAGAGCAUGAAUUCUCAGCCUCAACAGAAUGCCAUGGGAUGCAAUAUUCCUGCCUGUUAUUUUUGAACAGACAGCACCUCAUUGGAUAAACCCACAUUCUUUGGUUUUGUCUUUUUAAGCGUUAAACAAAUUAUUGCAUUUAAAAUGCCUUUGUACCAUACAGUACGUAUAGAUUAUUCUCUGGAGGUGAUUAGCAUCUUGAACAUGACCGUACACCGUAUGUGACCCCACCGAAAUCUCAGAGCGCUCAUGCACUCAAUACGAGAUGUUUCUUGGCUUUAAUUGGCCGGGUGGGAUUACGCUGCCUUUGUCCGUUACUGGGAAUCCCUUCCAUGGUCAUUUUGUACACACAUGAAAGGGUAUGCAAUAAUAUGCCUUUUGUCAGUGUCGUAUGUAGAAACCUUGUUGAAACCAACAGACUAAGGAUUAAAAACUUGAUGAGGGACAAGUGAAACUAAUGAGGCAGAAUGUAUGUCCUAUAGCAAGACUGGUGCUACCGUAGUGUGGGUCAUUAAAAAAACUCUUUAAAUGAUUUAAAAGAGGUCGAUCAAAUACGUAAGUGUUAUUUAUUACUAUGCUCAAUUGAUUUUUCACCCAAUAGCUGAGUUGAGAGAGGGGGAGCUGUAAGGAGGUGGAACUGUAAAUGAGUGGGCUGUGAGGUGGGAGAAGGCUGGAGAGAGGGAGAGGGAGCUGAAAUAAAGGACAUGUGAGGAAGGAGGACAAAAGAGGAGGCUGUAAGGACGGAGGUGAGAAGAGGGAAGGAGCUGGAAGGAGGGAGCUGUAAAGAGUGCUGUAAG